UUCAGUUUUUAGUUUUAUAGAUUUACAGAAUAUGCAGCAAAUCAUUUUAUGAUAUUGAAAGACUGACCUUGUGUUACUUGAUACAGACUUUUCCCAUUGCAAUCUGUUUUGGGCUCAGGAGUGGGCCGUAUUAAUGUCAAAUGAACUGUAGUCUCAUAUAUGAGCUCUCUUCUGUGUGUAGCUUCUCUCAGUUGGACAUGAGGUCUGAUGCAAGGCAUCAAGUCAGUGCUACCAAAAUAGACGAAGAGGCCCAACGUGAAGAGUCUAACCCGCACAUUUUCUACCUGUUUUCCCAAGAGCCCGGUAAAGUCUUGACUAAAAAUGCUUUUUAAUGGCGAAUCGCCAUUGAAAGUACCAAUUAAUCCAGGACGAGGCUAAAUAAGUGUCUAAAAACCAGCCCUAUGGGUUAUUUUUGUGCAUGAAACAGGCCUGAAUUGACAUGUCUAUUCUUUUAUGCAUAUUACGGGCACCCAGUCACUGCAACUGAAAACGGUAAAAUAGUUUGAACAUUUCUGUAUGUACAUUCUGUUAGAAUGACGGAACCCAUUAGCAUGCUUUUUAGGCACGUGCUUUAGGAAUAGGACCAGAAUGUUUAGCUCUGGUGGAUGAAGUGAGGUAUAGGAAAAUGCAAAUGGUGCUGAAAAAAGUUUUUUGUUUUAUUUUUUUAUUACUCACUAUAUAAUACAGAAUAUAAGCUGUAAAAUACGAUAAAGAAGCAAGUGUUUCAUUUUUUUUUUUUUCAUUUGUAUUUUUACAUUUACCUUUGGUUUUCUAACUGUAGUUGACAUAUUUAGCCUAUAUCGAUUUUGUUUCAUAAGUUCAUGUGGAUGGUGAAGCUAUUACUGUCUUUUUAAAUGUUGAUAGUGUAGUCGUGUCCUUAGUGAUAAUCCAGACAUUUAGACAUAAAACACUGCAAAAUGGGGAUUAAAAAAAAAAAAAAAACCUGUAACAUAUUUCUGAACAUGCAGAACACAAUGCACAAGUUUUGGGUUUUUUUCCAAUAAAGUUAGUACUAAUAAAAAAUUAAAAUAUCUGUCAUUAUAAUGCAGUAAUAUUAUGCAAAGCUAAAUUCCAAUUUUGGGAACCUGAAACAUUAUAUAAUAUAUGUCACUGGAUCUUUAAUGUUUUGUGACUCGGUGUUUCACUUUUAAAGGGAUAGUUCACCCAAAAAUAAACAUUCAGCCAUCAUUUACUCUGACUUUCUUACAUAGAAUACAAAAGGAGAUGUUAGGUGGAAUGUUAGCCUCAGCCACCAUUCACUUCUGUUGCAUCCUGUUUCCAUACAAUGGAAGUGAAUGGUGACUGAGACUGAUAUUCUGCCUAACAUCUUUUGUAUUUUAUGGAAGAAAGGAAGUCAUUUGGGUUUGUAACAACAUGGAGAGUAAAUGAUGAUUGAAUUUUCAUUUUUGGGUGAACUAUCCCUUUAAGCAGUGUGUCCACACACAAGACCAAAAAGGGUUUUUCCAUGCAAAGCAGGAAGGAUUUUUGGUUGUUUAUCAAGGAGUUUUUUUUUAGAUUUAUAAACUGAAUAAUUGUUCUCUUCCUGAUUACUGAGAGAAAGUAGCACUGUAAUUGAUCCAAUGAAAUGUGAGCUGGUGAUAAAGGCUUUUAACUAACGAGACAGGAAACCGCCUUUCCGCAUUCCACAGAGACUAACUUUAAGACUUGAGUAUGCCUCACUAUUAUAGUGGUUAGUACAAUCAUGAGGAUUGCGGUUUGUGAAUGCACUACAUUAGAGCUGAGAAAUUGGAUCCUGAAAAUUCAUAGAGCUUUACAAGAUUAACCAAUAAGCAAUGAUGAGGUCAACACAGUAUAACUCUGACUGGGAGGAGAUAAAGUCUGCUGUGAUCUAUGCAGUCAGAUUGGCCACAUUUAGAACAUGGCGGAUGUUGACUCUGGGGGCAGAGUUUAGUUCCUGGGCUCAAUGUCCUGAACUACCUGACAAGCAGAGGAACAGAGAAGCAGCUUUUACUGAACUAUCAAGUAAAAACAGUCUGUAUGGGGGAAACCAGGCUCCAAGAGAUGGCCGGAACACUCUAGAACACAUCAAAUACGACACUGUUAUUGAGCUGGAGAGGCCCAGUGACCUGAAGGAUACAGAUAUCAUCAAUGCCCAUGAAAUGUGUCAUGACAGGGUCACACCAUGGGAGGACAGGAUGGCUCGCUUUGGAGACGAUCUGCCAACCCGCUAUGGAGGUCCAGCGGGCGCCGGGAGAGGGGGAGCCCGGGCAGGAGGUCCUCCUGCCGGGCAAAGAAUGUACAAACAGUCGAUGGCUCAGAGAGCCAGGACAAUGGCUUUAUACAAUCCUAAGCAGACCAAACAGAAUUGUUUUACUGUCAACCGGUCCUUGUUCAUCUUCAGCGAGGACAAUGUCAUAAGAAAAUACGCCAAGAGAAUAACCGAAUGGCCUCCAUUCGAGUACCUGAUCCUCGCCACAAUCAUUGCCAACUGCAUCGUACUGGCCCUCGAGCAGCAUCUCCCAGCCAUGGACAAGACCCCAAUGUCUGAACGUCUGGACGACACAGAGCCCUACUUUAUCGGAAUAUUCUGUUUCGAGGCCAGCAUUAAGAUCAUUGCCCUGGGCUUCGUUUUUCACAAAGGCUCCUACCUACGCAACGGCUGGAACGUAAUGGACUUUGUGGUCGUUCUGACAGGGAUUUUAACCACAGUGGGUUCACAGUUUGACUUAAGGACAUUGCGAGCUGUUCGAGUGCUGAGACCCCUCAAACUGGUGUCAGGAAUUCCAAGCCUUCAGGUAGUAUUAAAGUCCAUAAUGAAGGCUAUGGUUCCUCUUCUUCAGAUUGGAUUGUUGCUCUUCUUUGCCAUUGUCAUGUUUGCCAUCAUUGGCGUAGAGUUCUACAUGGGCAAGUUCCACUUCACCUGCUUUAAGCUGGGAACAGGAGAACAGGUUGGUGAUUACCCGUGCGGUUCAGAGUCACCCUCGAGACUGUGUCCCAAUGGAACAGAGUGUAAAGACAACUGGAAAGGACCCAAUUUUGGCAUCACAAACUUUGAUAACAUCCUCUUCGCCAUACUCACAGUCUUCCAGUGCAUCACCAUGGAAGGAUGGACUGAUGUACUAUACCAUGCUAAUGAUGCCUCUGGGAACACAUGGAACUGGCUGUACUUCAUCCCUCUCAUCAUCAUCGGCUCCUUCUUCAUGCUCAACCUCGUCCUGGGUGUCUUAUCAGGGGAGUUUGCCAAAGAGAGAGAGCGAGUGGAGAAGAGGCAGGAGUUUCUGAAACUCCGCAGACAGCAGCAGAUUGAGAGAGAGCUCACUGGCUACCUGGAGUGGAUCUGCAAGGCGGAGGAGGUGUUGCUGGCAGAGGAGGACCAGAAUGCGGAGGAGAAAUCCCCUCUGGAUGGUGCGUGGUACAAGAGGAAACAGAACAACCCAGUCCUGAAAAGAGCAAAGACCAGAAAGGGUAGAAACGACCUUAUCAGUGCUGAGGAGGGAGAGGAACAUUUCACAGACAUCUCCUCUGUUGCACCCCCUGGAUCACCCUUUGCCAGAGCUAGCCUGAAGAGCAGUAAGAACGAUAGCUCCUCGUACUUCCGUCGUAAAGAAAAGAGGGCACGCUUUUUCAUUCGGCGGAUGGUGAAGGCACAGAGUUUCUACUGGAUUGUUCUGUGUUUGGUGGGACUGAACACGCUGUGUGUGGCCAUUGUCCAAUAUGACCAGCCAGAAUGGCUCACCAAAGCCCUGUACCUAGCAGAGUUUGUGUUCCUGGGUAUGUUUCUGACAGAGAUGACUCUGAAGAUGUAUGGCCUCGGGCCCAGGAACUACUUUCACUCCUCAUUCAACUGUUUUGACUUUGGGGUAAUUGUGGGGAGUAUAUUUGAGGUGGUGUGGGCAACAAUCCAGCCUGGUGCGUCUUUUGGGAUCAGUGUUCUGAGAGCCCUUCGUCUGCUCCGAAUCUUUAAAGUAACCAAAUAUUGGAACUCUCUGAGGAAUCUUGUGGUUUCUCUGUUGAACUCCAUGAAGUCCAUUAUCAGCUUGCUUUUCCUCCUCUUCCUCUUCAUCGUGGUGUUCGCCCUGUUGGGCAUGCAGCUCUUCGGGGGCCAGUUUAAUUUUGAAGAUGAAACACCCACAACAAACUUUGACAGCUUCCCUGCAGCCAUAAUGACAGUCUUCCAGAUUUUGACAGGAGAGGAUUGGAAUGCAGUGAUGUAUCAUGGGAUCGAGUCUCAGGGUGGCGUUCGAAGUGGAAUGUUCUCCUCUGUCUACUUCAUUGUUCUUACACUUUUUGGAAACUACACACUUCUCAAUGUAUUCUUGGCCAUUGCUGUGGAUAACCUUGCCAAUGCACAGGAGCUGACAAAGGAUGAAGAACAGCAGGAGGAGGCAGCGAAGAAGAGCAUGGCUCUUCAGAAGGCAAUGGAGGUAAAGGAGGUCAGCCCCAUGUCUGCAGCCAACAUCUCUAUAGCAGCUUUUGUAAAGCAAAAUCGAGAUGAAAUCUCUCGCAGGUCUUCAGUCUGCAGCGUUCACUCACCUAAAGAGCAGCAGAGGUCCCUGCAGAAGAUGUCCAUAUGGGAGCAGCGCACCACGCAACUGCGCAGACACAACCUGCGCAACAGCAGUGAGGCCCUUUACAAUGAACUAGAGCCUGAAGAGCGUCUGCGCAUGUCUUCUGCACUGCACCUGCGACCUGACAUGAAAACCCACCACGACCGCCCGCUGGUGGUGGAGCACCGAGACGGCACUACAGACAACUCCAGACCCCUAGAAGGGAGGAGGAGUGAUGGAGAUGGGGAGACCCCAGAUAUUCAACUGUCCUCUGCCCACCCACGGAAACAUCAUCGAUGUCGAGGUGAAAAUGGAGAUGCAGGGGAGGGGUGGCACCACAGACACCACAGCCGAAAUAGAGAGCACCAGGGGGGUCUGGAGCGGUCCGUCAGCCAGGAUGGAGGUCAUAGGCACCACCAGCACAUGACUGGAUCUCCGGAAGAGGGUGUGGGGUUGGAGGAGGGAGAACACAGACACCAUCAUAGUCGCAGACCUAAAGAGGCCAGUGGGAAUGGCAAUGGCACAAUUGGAAACGGAGGCAGGGGGGAAAGCAGGGUACGAGGACACAGAGAAGGGGAGGAAGGGAACGGAGAGAAGAGGAGACAUCGACCACGUGGUAAAGCCCAGUCCACGCUGGAUGGAGAGGAUUGCAGGGAGAAUGGGGGGAGAGAGGGAUCAAAAGCCUCAGGACACGGGGGCAGACCAACAGAAAGGGGGGAAGACAGUGUAGCCACCAGCCCUUUCCAUUCUCCUACUGAAGAGAAGCCAGAAGACACAGAUAAUCUAAAGAACAGCACCAGAGCCGGCCCAACUGGAGUCAACAUCCCUGUGACCAUAACUGCCCCACCAGGAGAGACCACACUCAUUCCCAUGAACAACAUUGAUGGUGACAGCCAACUACUGAAUGAGGAAAAGAAAGAUCUGGAUGAUCUGAAUCCAGAUGCACCCAAACACAUCCUGCCAUACAGCUCCAUGUUUGUGUUUGGUACAGCUAACCCAGUGCGGCGACUGUGCCAUUAUGUGGUCAACCUACGUUACUUUGAGAUGUGUAUUCUCACGGUCAUCACCAUGAGCAGCAUUGCGCUUGCUGCUGAAGACCCUGUGCAGGCCAAUGCCCCCCGCAACAACGUCCUGAAAUACUUAGACUACGUCUUCACUGGUGUGUUCACAUUUGAGAUGGUUAUAAAGAUGAUUGAUCUCGGGCUGCUCUUGCAUCCUGGGUCAUAUUUCCGGGACCUAUGGAACAUACUGGACUUCAUCGUAGUCAGCGGUGCUCUGGUGGCCUUUGCCUGCUCAGGGACCAAAGGCAAGGACAUCAAUACCAUCAAGUCCCUCAGGGUCCUUCGAGUCCUGAGGCCCUUGAAGACCAUCAAACGUUUACCCAAACUCAAGGCUGUGUUUGACUGCGUGGUGAACUCGCUUAAGAACGUGCUCAACAUCCUUAUCGUUUACAUCCUCUUCAUGUUCAUCUUCGCGGUCAUUGCCGUGCAGCUUUUCAAGGGGAAGUUUUUUCACUGCACUGAUGAGUCCAAAGCCCUGGAGAAAGACUGCAGGGGUCAGUUCCUGGAGUACGGCAACGAUGGAGUGGCCAUGACGCAGCCGCGGGAUUGGAAGAAGUAUGAUUUUCAUUAUGACAACGUCCUGUGGGCCUUCCUGACACUGUUCACAGUCUCCACAGGAGAGGGCUGGCCAACAGUGUUGAAACACUCAGUGGACGCCACGUAUGAGGACCAGGGUCCCAGCCCGGGUUACAGAAUGGAAACCUCCAUCUUCUACGUGGUCUACUUCAUCGUCUUCCCCUUUUUCUUCGUCAACAUCUUUGUGGCCUUGAUUAUCAUCACUUUUCAAGAGCAAGGAGAUAAAGCAAUGUCAGACUGCAGCUUAGAAAAGAACGAGCGAGCUUGUAUUGACUUUGCCAUCAACGCCAAGCCUUUGACCCGCUACAUGCCUGAGGACAAGCAGUCUUACCAGUAUAAGAUGUGGAAGUUUGUGGUGUCCACUCCGUUUGAGUACUCCAUUCUGACCAUGAUCGCCGUCAACACGGUUGUCCUCAUGAUGAAGUUCCACGAAGCUCCUAAACCAUAUGAGGAUAUGUUGAAGUGGCUGAACAUCAUCUUUACGGCUCUCUUCACUCUGGAGUGCAUUCUCAAGGUCAUUGCCUUCGGUCCUCUGAACUACCUGAAGGAGGCAUGGAACAUUUUUGACUUUGUUACUGUGCUGGGGAGCAUCACAGACAUUCUGGUCACAGAGAUCAAGGACAAGAGGAUUAAUCUGAGUUUCCUGAGACUUUUUCGGGCUGCUCGUCUCAUUAAACUCCUCCGGCAGGGCUACACCAUCCGCAUCCUGCUCUGGACCUUCGUUCAGUCCUUUAAGGCUCUGCCGUAUGUGUGUCUCCUCAUCGCCAUGCUCUUCUUCAUCUACGCCAUCAUUGGGAUGCAGGUGUUUGGUAACAUCGAGUUGAAUGAAGAGUCGGCCAUCAACCAUCACAAUAAUUUCCGCACCUUUUUUCAGGCCCUCAUGCUGUUGUUCAGGAGUGCUACAGGGGAAGCCUGGCAUGAAAUUAUGCUGGCAUGUUUGAGCAACAGGCCAUGUGACCAGCUCUCCGGCUCCAGUGGGAAAGAGUGUGGCAGUGAUUUUGCUUACUUCUACUUUGUCUCUUUCAUCUUUCUCUGUUCCUUUCUGAUGCUGAACCUGUUCGUCGCUGUCAUCAUGGAUAACUUUGAGUACCUGACACGUGACGCUUCUAUUCUUGGGCCUCAUCACCUUGAUGAGUUCAUCCGCAUAUGGGCGGAGUAUGACCCUGCUGCCUGUGGACGCAUGUCCUACCUCGAUAUGUACGAGAUGCUUCGACACAUGUCCCCUCCGCUAGGUUUGGGAAAGAAAUGUCCACCACGAAUCGCCUACAAGCGGUUGGUGAGGAUGAACAUGCCCAUAGCUGAAGACAACACUGUUCACUUUACCUCCACUCUAAUGGCUCUCAUUCGGACUGCCCUGGAGAUUAAGCUGGCAUCAGGGGUUCUGGCUCAGCGGCUUUGUGAUGCUGAAUUAAGGAAAGAAAUAAACAAAAUUUGGCCGAACUUAUCUUCAAAAACCAUGGAUCUGCUGGUGACACCUCAUAAACAUAAUGAGUUGACAGUGGGGAAGGUCUAUGCUGCUCUGAUGAUCUUUGACUACUAUAAGCAGAACCGAGCCAAGAGGCUUCAACAGCAGCAGGCUGCUGCAGGCACACAGAGUAAAGUAGGAGUUCUCUUCAGACCAAUGCUUCCUCUCACACACUUACACGAACAAGAGCCACUAGUGCCAAAAUCCCUGCCCUCCUGUCAGUCAGAUACGACACCACAGCCAGAGCCCCCACAAACAUCCUUUCACCUAACCAAUGGAAAUGCAGUACAAAACCAGAACAGUGCCAUGAAAAAGUCUUCUUCGGGAGACACACCUCAGGUCGACACACCUCAAGUUGCACAAGAAACGAACAGAAAGACUGUCCAACGUGUCCAGUCAGAUGAUGUGCCAUACACAUACAAAUCUCAGGAAUUAGUAGAGAUGUCUGACAUGGAGAAUGACUCUGAUAUUGGUGGGUACCCUGUGCUGGAGGGUCACGGCAGAGCUGCCUCUAUGCCCAGACUCAAUGCUGGCAUUCAGCGGAGCCACUUACGCCACACCACCGGAACGUACCUAGCACCUAUCGCUGAUGUGAGCCCCAUGCGGCGUUCUACAUCCUCAUUAACUCCUCAAAGAGGGGUGCAGGAGGUCAGUUUGAGGGAUUAUGACUUGGAGAGGCCCAAGCUGUCCACGGGCCAAACACCCACUCAGGAGAGAGACAGGGAGAGAGCCCAUCAUCAUCAUCACCAUCAUCAUCACCGCUGUCAGAGACGUAGAGACAAGAAGCACAAAUCACUAGAUCGAGCCAUCAGUGAGGAGCAGCCACCAAUGGCAGAUCCAAAUACUGAGUCAUUGCUGAGGGAGCGAGCAUGGGAAAGAGAUCGUGGGCGCUCUCACGAGAGGAAGAGCAAUUCGUCUUCAGCAAUGGAAAAGAAGCAACGAUACUAUUCGUGCGAUCGUUACGGCAACCAUGAACCAGGCCACAGCCUGUCAGCCGGACCCAGCAGAUCCACAUCGCCUGGAGAACCACACGACCCAAACAGACUUAAACAGGGAAGUGGCACAGCUAAAGGAAGUUCAAUCAUUCAUACCUCAGGCACCAGCACACCCUGCCGUAGCCGAAGACAGCUCCCCCAGACGCCCCUCACCCCCCGGCCUGCUGUUGCCUACAAGACUGCUAACUCCUCCCCGGUCCAGCUCAACACUGCCCUGUCUACCGGGCCCUGCCCCACUCGCCUUAGUCGUGGCCUAUCAGAGCACGAUGCCCUACUCAGCGGCAACGGCCACCGCCAAUCCCCCGUGCCUGUCACUCGAAUCUGUUCUGAUCCCAACUUGGGUCCCCUCCAGCAGGACUCGCACUUCUCAGAAGGGGACGACUUCCAGGAUGCCUUGAGCACGUACGGCGCAGGCCGCUCACCCAGGACUGCAGCCUCCGUUGUCCACACGUCGUCAGGUGUGGCCCCCACUUCCGUGCUGCUCUCGCGCAGCCAGAGUGGGGUGCCCAACGGGUAUCACUACUCCCUUGGAGUAUGUGCGGCCACUGGGGCAAGCGGCAGAGCUUCUGGAAGCUACAAAGAGACUGAGAGAGAUGACUGGUGUUAGCAUGAUAGUAUGCAGCAUUUAAUCUAGCAUGAGUAUCGUCUUUGACCUAAAAUGUUGGCGAACAGUUGAGACCUACAAGAGGAAGAAUAAUGAAAUUGUGUCCACUGUUUACACAAUUUUUUGCCGGUUUACCAUCAAAUAUAGACUGUAUGGCUUUAAAAUGGUGUAUAACUCCUCUUGUUUCGGAAGAAGCGGACUUCCCUGUCACUGUUUACGAAAGUAGUAGCGAGAUGGAAGGCUUUACAAAUUAAUAUGGAUUAUUUGAUACAUUAAAACAGUGUGAAGGGAAUGAAGAGUUUAGCCACAAGUGACACGCCCCCACCUCUUUUAAUGUCAUUAGGGCUGUUUCCGCAAGGGUCAGUUGCAGGGAGAUGGUCACAUGAGCUGUGCCUGUUAUUAAGACCCCAGACCUUGGAGGAGCCAAAAACACAAGCUAUGAUGAAAACACAGGCCUGCAAACUCUGAUUCGCAUGUCUGAAAAGUGAUUUGCUCUACAUAUUUAGUUGUUGAGAAUUGAGAGGCUGUUUGGAUUCUUUGCACAGGACAUGAUGACUGAAAAGUUAUUUCUAGGAAUUUAAGGUUAUGCUGCUGUUAAAUUCUAAGGGGCCGUUCACAGCGAACACGUUUUUCGUCAGUCUGCGCUGUUUUCCAAUUGUUUUCUAUGUAAACAUGCACUAGACGGACAUCUUUGACUGUUGCACCGUGUCUCACUGUUUUUUCUGCAUUUUGUGCUGGAGCGCCACAUCUUUUUAGAUGCUUUUUAGCUGAAUGUCAACUUUUAAAAACGUGUCUCGAGACACUUGCAUUCUGUUCUAUUUGUUGCGCUAUUUCACACACCAUUGCACUUGUGUAUAUGGCUGUGUGACAAUAAAGUGAUUUGAUUUGAUUUGAUUUGAUUUGAUUUCUAGCUUUUUUUUUAUACACAAAAACAUGUUCGAUGUAAACUGCCUCUUUGUCUUUCUCUGGUGUGAGUGGAGUAGACAGUCUGCUCCCACCAACUGAAAAAAGGCCAAAUUAUGCUCACUUUUCUAUCAGACUGCCGUAGAUCGAAUAUCUUUUCACAGUGUUCCAUUUUGUACCUUGUAAAUGAUCCGAGUGUUGCUGGACACAUGUAAGGUCUAAUCCUUUUCUUACUCUCGAGAGGUAAGAUACCAAGUGCCUAAACUUUGUGAUUUAUUGCCACAUUGGUGCAAUGCAUUAUGAAGCAUUAUAACCUACGAUAGGCAAUGAACAGAUGCUGUACGCUGUAGGUAAAUGUCACUGAUAUAUGUUUUUUUUUAAUGUACUUUAGCAUGUAUUUGAUGAAAGAGAUUUGGGCAUUGCACAAAAAAAAAGAGACUGUAGCGUUAUAAUGAUAGUUCCCUUUCUGUCACUCACUCGACAUUGUGUCGAUGUAGUGACACUAGGGGUCACCCUUUGGAGCCACAAACACCUCUGAUAUUUGAGAAAAGACCAAUGAAAAUUGGUGAGUGGAAUUUGCAUGCCACUCCCCUGGACAUACGGGUAUAAAAGGAGCCGGCUUGCAACCACUCAUUCAGAUUUGUUCUUCGGAGCCGAGCGGUGCCGAUGAAUUCCACUGCCAUUCCAUUCACCUCUACAAAGUGUUGUAAGCUGUUGGAUAUACAGCACAUUGCAGUGGGUUCUCCCCCUCUCGCACUGAUAAGUGCAGAGAACGCCCCUGGGCACUUCGGCAGCUAUGCUAAAAGAGUAUAUACUUAAAAGAGUAUUUCCUCUAAAAGAGUGAGCACUGGCCGAAAGCGUCUUUUUAAAGAUGCCUUUCCGUCUCUGUGUAGUUCCUGGAUGCGGUCACUAUAUCUCUGCCUCUGGCAGCCACAAUCGCUGCCUCAUGUGUAUGGGCUGUAGCCACACUGAGACAGCGUUCAUGGAUGGUUCAUGCUCUCAGUGCGAGAGCAUGAACAUGGCAAUGUUGCGAUCAUGGCUUUCCUUCUUCAGAGGGAAAGCCACCCCAGCCGUUCCCUGCCCCGGUCCUUUUGGGACCCCCACGGACCUCCUAUUCCCCAGUACGCUCGUUUGCCCCAGUCGAGUUCUGGGAUGAGACAGGCAGCUCGCCCCAGGGCAAGUUUAAUGUCUCUUUCGGUGCUCGGGAGCAGGAUGAGCUCUCAAUCGUAGCAUCAGAGAGUGGGCUGGAAUGGUCAGACGUGGAGGCCCCAUCCGCAGGUACAUCAAACGUGAUUGUCCCAUUGGUACUCCUCACUCGGAGUUUGGAGGCGUGGCUUGUGCUCUCCAACCCAUCGCGUUGGCUGGCCAGGACAAUCCGACUCGGCUUCACGAUUUAGUUUUCCAGGCGCCCGCCCAGGUUCAAUGGCAUCCGUUUCACCUCGGUAGGAGGCGAGGACGCCGCUGUCCUGCAUGUGGAAAUUGCAGUCCUUCUACAGAGGAUGCGAUAGAGCCUGUCCCUCCAACCGAGAUGAAGAAGGGGUUCUACAGCCCCUACUUCAUCGUACCAAAGAAAAGCAGUGGGUUGCGGCCAAUCUUGGACCUGCGAGUGCUGAAUCUGGCCCUGCACAGACUCCCGUUCAGGAUGCUGAUGCAGAUGUGCAUUCUGUUAUGCGUCCGGCAUCAAGAUUGGUUCGCAGCGGUAGACCUGAAGGACACUUCCAUGUCUUUGUUUUGCCUCGACACAGACUGUUUCUUCAGUUUGCUUUUGAGGGCCAGGCUAAUCAGUACAAGGUCCUCCCCUUUGGUCUGUCCCUGUCAUCUUGCGUCAUUACGAAAGUCGCAGAGGCAGCCCUUGCCCUGCUAAGGGAAGUGGGCAUCCGCAUCCUCAAUUAUCUCGAUGACUGGCUGAUUCUAGCUCACUCUCGAGAUCUAUUGUGUGUGCACAGGGACCUGGUGUUCAGACACCUCAGCCGAUUGGGGCUUCAGGUCAACUGGGAGAAGAGCAAGCUCUCCCCGGUGCAGAGCAUCUCUUUUCUCGGGAUGGAGUUAGACUCGGUUGCUAUGAUAGCGUGCCUCAUGAAUGAGUGUGCUCAUUCAGUGCUGAAUUGCCUGAAGUCAUUCAGGGGAUGAACAAUUUCAGAGGCUCCUGGGGCAUAUGGUGUCCUCGGCAGUGGUUACGCUGCUCGGGUUGAUGCAUAUGAGACCGCUUCAGCACUGGCUUCAGACUCGAGUCCUGAGAUGGGCAUGGCGCCACGGUACACAUCGUGUGGCCAUCACGCCGAUCUGUCACCGCACGUUAAGCCCUUGGACGGACCUUGCAUUUCUGCGGGCAGGGGUUCCCUUAGAACAAGUGUCCAGGCAUGUCGUCAUCACGACAGAUGCCUCCAAGUUAGGCUGAGGCACCAUUUGCAACGGGCACGCAGCUUCAGGCUCCUGGACAGGACCUCGACUGCGUUGGCAUAUCAACUGCCUCGAGUUGCUGGCGGUCUUGCUGGCCCUGCGGAGGCUUCGGCCAUUGGUCCAGGGCAAGCAUGUGUUGGUCCGGACGGACAACGUGGCGACAGUAGCAUACAUAAACUGCCAAGGCAGUUUACGCUCACAUCGCAUGUCGCAACUCGCCCGCCGUCUCCUCCUUUGGAGUCAGCGGUGACUGAAGUCGUUGCAGGCCAAUCACAUCCCGGGCGAAUUCAACUGCCCAGCGGAUGCGCUGUUGCGGCAAGUGACGCUCAGGGGAGAGUUGAGACUCCACCCCCAGGUGGUUCAGCUGUUUUGGAAUCGAUUCAGCGAAGCACAGGUAGACCUGUUUGCUUCCCGGGAGUCCUCCCACUGCCCGCUGUGGUACUUUCUGGCCGAGGCCCCUCGGCACAAACGCGCUGGCACACAGCUGGCCCCAGGGUCUGUGCAAGUAUGUGUUUCCCUCAGUGAGCCUGCUUGCACAGACUUUGUGCAAGGUCAGGGAGGACAAAGAACAGGUCGUGUUGGUGGCACCGUACUGGCCCACCCAGACUUGGUUCUCGGAGCUCACGCUCCUCGCAACAGCCCCUCCCUGGCGAGUUCCCCUGAGGAAGGACCCAGACCUCUGGAAUCUCCACGUCUGGCCCCUGGACAAGACGCGGAAGACCUAAGUGGGCUACCACCGGCAGUGGUACUAUCACUCAGGCCAGGGCUCCUUUCGACGAGGCAGCUACAUGCCUUGAAGUGGCAUCUGUUCGCAAAUUGGUGUUCUUCCCGAGGUGAAGACCCCCAGAGAUGUGCAGUCGGGUCGGUGCUUUCCUUCCUGCAGGACAGGCUGCCUGCACCUGCACUGCCAGUCCACGUAACACAGUUCAGCUGGUUGUGGCAUUUUGUAUAGGGACCCCUAGUGUCACUACAUCGACACAACGUCAAGUGAGUGACAGAUUGGGAACAUCUUGGUUACUGUUGUAACCUCCGUUCCCUGAUGGAGGGAACGAGACAGGGUGUCCCUCUUGCCACAACACUGAACUACCCACUGAAAUGGCUGGGAUUCUGUCACGGCUCCUCAGCACAAACCUGAAUGAGUGGUUGCAAGCCUGCUACAUUUAUACCCAUAUGUCUGGGGGAGUGGCAUGCAAAUUCCACUCGCCAAUUUUCAUUGGCCUAUUCUCAAAUAUCAGAGGUGUUUGGGGCUCCCAAGGGUGACCCCUAGUGUCACUGCAUCGACACAAUGUCUCGUUCCCUCCAUCAGGGAACGAAGGUUACAACAGUAACCAAGACGUUUAGGUGGAUGUUGAUGAUGUUGGUCUUUUCAAAGUAUUUGAUUAUUGAAAUAAUGCAGGGGAAAAUAGAUAGAUCAUCAUAUAGUUAAAAUGCAAAUGAAAUUGAUUUAUACAGGAUUGAAUAUGUUUAAAGAAUGUUUGAGGGUUGUACUUCUUGGCUGCUGUUGGUGUCAGUGUUGUGUCCAGAGAGCAUAUUGUGAGCUCAUGCCUUUCUCUUUCAGUAUUUGAAGGCGUAAGUAGGUGAGAAGGAUAGACUUCUUUUUAGGAUAAUUCAUAGAGGUGCCCUCUGCUCUAUAUAUUAUUUUCCACAAAAAACAUAGAGCAACCUCUUUUAAAUAAAGAGUAUGUUGUAUCCUCUUGAUUAGUGAUAUGUAAUGCUUUUUGGUGAUAGUUAUUAAAAUCGAACGAGGAUUUCGUUCUGUAGAUCUGUGGAUUUUACCCACGUUUUCAUAGUUACAUGUCUUUCAGAGACGAGGCAUUUUAUUAGAUAGGGUGGUUUCUGUACAGUCUAGGGUGAGUCUGCAAUUCACCCUUCCCUAAGCCCCGCCUCAAAAACAUUACUUAUGAAUCCAGCCUUAGCAGCUGUUGUCAUUUGCUAUAAUGUCAGACAGGCUUUUGCUCUAUUCUAAAGCAAAUUUUAGAAUUUGGAUAGUUUUGAACUGAAUUGUACUGAAAUUAUCCAAAAAAUAUGGUAAAUUAUUGUACUUGGGGCACUUGAAAUAGUGACACAAGAAACCUAAAGAGGAUAAAUCAAUAUUUUUUUCUCUUUUGUUAAUCUUAAAAUAGAGGUUCAUGCUAUGGACUAGCUGUCAACUGUGCUUGCCAUCAUUCACAAAAGAAUACAUGUUAUAUCAGUAGGGACACCUACAUUUGCUCUGUGGUUAAUUCAUGUCACCUAUUUAAAUUGUUGUAUUAAUUCAGGUCACAGUUGAGGUGAUGGUUUCUAAAGAGUAAAAGUAACAGUGAGAUGUUAGGAACAAUUCUGUUCACUUACAAUAAUGUUAUGUAUUGUAAUCGAGAUUUGACUGUGGUAAGUGUUUGCCUCGAUUCUGAUUUGGAGUCUUGGGUGAUUUUAAACACUUUACUACAUAAUUUAAUAAUUCCUAAAAACAGCAGAUAAAAAGGUUUUGCAAUGUCAAACUUCAUCCCAGGCCAUGUCAGGAUAUUAUUUUUACCAUUUUAAGAGCACAUCAUAACGGAAAAUCUUGUUGUUUACAGAAAUCCCCAAUGAUUUCCUAUGGGUGAUUCUGUAAAGCUUGUCUAAGCGGGCAACAGUAACCAAGGUGGGCGAGGCUUAGUGAAGGUUCAGUUUCUGUACUGGAAGUGCAGGGAAAUGUUGACUGUUGACGUACAGUAGGGCUAUGCAACAAAAUGACACCUUAGGACUGCUCCUCAUCCUGUAGCUUUACCUCUGCUGACUCCAGCUUUAGCACCAUUGGGACCAAUUCUUUGCUUCGAAGAGAUCUUGAUAUACAGGAUGUGUUGGUCACAAAAAAAAAAAAAAAAAAAAAAAAUGCACAGCAGGGUCAAAUAACCUAACAGAUGUUUUGCUGAUUAAGCUACUGAUCUGCCCUCAAAAAGUAUAAAAAAUAUGUAGUGGUAUUCCUUCUGUUUGCAUUAGGAGGUGAACUGGUGUUGUUACUUGAAGUGUACGCAACCUGUCACAAAAAAGAGGUUUAAUGUAAAGGCAUUUGAUUUUUUUUUUUUUUUUUUUUUUAAUUUAUGUGAUGUCACAGUGAACUGCCUUUGACCACCUUUUACUUAUAUUGGGGUGGAUGGAGUGUUGUGAACCCAAUAGAUCUUUGACUGCCGCUUAAUGAAGACAUCACCUUUCCUCUUGAAAAAGGAAAAAGUAAAAAAAAAAAAAAAAAAAAAAAAAAAA